AUGCUGGAUACAGAAGAGGAGAAAAGAAGAUUUCAGAUUGAACUUGAAUUCAUCCAAUGUUUAUCUAAUCCUUGGUAUUUAAAUAAUCUUGCACAACAGCAGUAUUUUAAAGAUCCAGCAUUCCUUAAUUAUUUAAAAUAUUUGCAGUACUGGAAAAAACCAGAAUAUGUAAAGUUUGUCGUCUAUCCACAUGCUUUAUAUUUUUUAGAUUUGUUACAAAAUGCUCAGUUUAGAGAUUAUAUAAGCACCUCAGAAAAUACCCAAGAAAUGCAUCGCAUGCAAUAUUAUCACUGGCAGUACUUACGUAACCCACCAAAAGUAAAUACAACAACUGUUGAUGAAGUCAAAGAAGAAAUAAACAAAUAA